CAGCAUUCCUCCUGAAUACGACUGCUGAAAGCUCCGCAGCACCUGCAGCCUCCGGUGGGACAACAGGCGCUGCCAGGUUUACAGCCACUCAGAGGGGACCAGCCUCUGGGGAACCAGCGCCCUGCUCUCCUCACUUAUCUCCUGACACACUGAGAGCAGAGGAGUGUGCAUCAAAAGCCACAAUGACGGAGCUAACGUCUAAAAAACAGGGAUUUAAAAAGUGUCGCAGUGCCACUUUCAGCAUCGAUGGCUUCAGCUUCACCAUCGUUGCAAAUGAGGCGGGGGACAGCAACCGCCAUCCGCUGGCCCGCUUUGCACGCUCACGGUCCCAGAACAUACUGUCCACUGCCGUCACAGCCGCCGUCACAGGCAUCACAGAGCCCAAAGGAAUUCAGACUGACCCUCGCAGCGCCGCCGAGAUCCUGGCUGAGGAGCUGCCGACGCCUGACGCACCCGACGCCAUGGAGAAGACUGCAAUCAGGUUGCGAUGUCUCAUAAAGCAGCUGGAGAGGGGGGAGGCCUCCGUGGCAGACCUGAAGAAAAACCUGGAGUACACCGCCUCGGUCCUUGAAGCUCUAUACAAUGAGGAGACUAGGCGGCUGGCGGUUUCCGAAGAUGAGCUAAGUGACAUCCAGUCAGACUCAGUGCCGUCAGAGGUUCGGGACUGGCUGUCAUCCACUUUUACCCGGCAGAGGCGUCUGAUGUUGCGCCGUACAGAAGACAAGCCGCGCUUUCGCAGCAUCGUUCAUGCAGUGCAGGCUGGCAUUUUUGUGGAGAGGAUGUACCGACGAAGUUCCAACUUAAGUGGUCUUAUCUAUCCCCAAAAUGUCAUCACUGUGCUCAAGCAUGUGGACACGUGGUCAUUUGAUGUGUUUGCACUGAAUGAUGCUAGUGGAGACCACGCUCUGAAAUUUGUCUUCUAUGACCUUCUAACCAGAUACGACUUGAUCAAUCGUUUCAAGCACUGGCUCACUGAGUUGGAGAUCUUUGCCAUCAUUUUUGCAGCUGCCAUCCAUGACUUUGAACAUACAGGGACCACCAAUAACUUCCAUGUUCAGACCAGGUCAGACGCAGCCAUGCUGUACAAUGACCGAGCUGUUCUGGAGAACUACCACAUUAGUGCUGCCUUUCGCCUUCUGCAGGGGGAUGAUGAAAUGAACAUCCUUACCAACCUUUCCAAAGACGACUGGAGAGAGCUGCGAACACUAGUAGUGGAGAUGGUGUUGGCCACGGACAUGUCCUGCCACUUCCAGCAAAUCAAAGCCAUGAAAAGCGUCCUGCAGCUGCCGGAGGCAAUUGACAAACCGAAGGCCUUAUCCCUGCUGCUGCACACUGCUGACAUCAGCCACCCUGCCAAAAACUGGGACCUCCAUCACCGCUGGACUACAUCGCUGCUUGAGGAGUUCUUCCGACAGGGUGACAAAGAAGCAGAGCUGGGUCUACCUUUCUCCCCUCUCUGUGACCGCAAAUCCACCAUGGUGGCCCAGUCCCAGAUUGGAUUCAUUGACUUCAUUGUGGAGCCAACAUUCACUGUGUUGACGGAAAUGACCGAGAAGAUUGUGACACCGCUUAUUGAGGAGGCAUCUCACUCUGGAUUGUCUGGCUUCAGACGCUCUAGUUUCAACAGUAUCAAUGGCAGUGAUGCAAAGAAUUCCAGUGUGAAGAGUACAGGCUCAGAGGCCAGCUGCUGUCUGACCACAGUGGACUUCAAGAGCUUCAGGUCCACUUGGAACCAAGACAUUGAUCGCAACAGGGAGACAUGGAAGGCCCAGGCCGCCAAAGACCUGGAGGAAAAGGGUAAGAAGAAGGCAAAGGAAGGCAGUCAGGAAGAGAAGGACAUAGAAGAGGAGAAACAAUCACGGGGCCCCAACACAGGACAGGAGGAGAUGAAAACAGAUUUGGAGGAACAGGAGGACGUGGGGAACAGGAGGCAAGAGCAGGAGAGGCACAAUAAUCCCAGUGGAGCCGCAGGAUCCCCGUUGGUAUCGAGCCCAAAGAAACCAGACAAGAAGAAGCCUGGCGGCCACACAGAGCGGCAGUGGCGGAAUGGCCCUCCGCCUGACUUCCCUCUGAUCCAUCACUGCAAGAGACCCAGCUACUCUGCCAGCUCCUUCCAGCGGGUCAGGUCAAAGGUCAAUGAGAUGCGGCCUAUCGAUGCGAGGGGGAAAGCCAGGCGACUGCAGCGCAUAUCGCUGCGUCGCCAAAAGUGACCACAUACAGGGUUUCUGCGGGGGUCUUAAAAAGUCUAACAUUUGUAAAUAACAGGCCUUAAAAAGAAGUCUUACAUUUGCUUAAGUAUGUGGAACAUGUCUUCAUUAAUUAUAAACAUGUCUUAAUUUUCCUAUGUCCAUUACUUAUUUCUUUGGCCUGUCCAAAAAUCCUUUUGCUAUAUUACGACUAAAC